AAACACAUCAAACGGAUACAGGGGAUUACCUACGAUUACGACUGAUAUAUGUGCGUCAGGAAUUUUAAAACCAUUUACGAUUUGAAGCGGACCAGGUUGCAGACCAUACUGACAGGCAGGUGGUACAUUGUGGCGAGGGAGUUUACGUCAGAAAAAGCCAAAAUGUACUGUAUAACCAUAAAAGAAGAAAACAUUUCAAGUCAGAAUCCUUCUGCAAGAUUUGUAAACAUUAUUUCACAACAAAAGAAAAUCUCAAGCGGCAUAUCCAGGGGCACAAAAAUAAAUGCUACCGUCUACAGAAAACGUUAACAAGAAAAGAUAAUUUGGAGGAGCACAUGAGGACUCGUACGGUUGAAAAAUAAUACUUCCGUGGUGUUUACGUGACUUUGCCUCUGCACUAAUGAUACACAAUGAUACCUAGUACUUCUCAAGAAUCGGCACAGAACGUAUCGUCUUCAAAAAUUAGUAAUUCUUCAGUUACGGAUCGUCCGGAAACCCAGAAUGUCAAGUCAAAAAUGAUGGCCUCGAUGGAGCAUGAGUACCCUUGGUCGUGCUCUGUAUGCGGCAAACCUUUCAGGCACAAGCUCUCCUUUUUGAAACACAGGACCUUGAAUGAAUGCCUGAUAUGCAAAAUUUGCCACAUGAAGUUUGACCUGCCAGAAGAAUUAUAUCGUCACAAUGAGACGUGUCGUAGACCAGAGUAUCCCCACAGCAAGUGUUCCUUUGGUGCAGAUACAUUGAUGAGUUUGAGUGAACACAUGAAAUCGGUACACAAUACUAUCGACGAUUUACCGAUAUCUUGUGACAUACGCUUCAAGAAUUUUUCAAGGCGGGAUAUUCUGAAAAGACAUAAGGAAACAUGUUAUGUGGAUAACAUACAAUCGGUAAUAUAUGACAAGUGUGAUUGCAUCUUGAAGGACAAAUAUACCUUACAGGUGCACUUAAGAAUACACACAAAGGGGAACACUUUGAUGAAAUGUUCUGCAUGCGGCAGAAAUUUCAAAAACAAGGUUCUCCUCGAGAAACACAUAAGCUUGAAUAAUUGCCUGCAAUGCCAAAUUUGCGACCAGAAGUUUGACGUGUUAGAAAAAUUUAUUCGUCACUAUACAAUGUGUCUUAAACCUGAGUAUACCUGUCGCGAGUGUUCUUACAAGACACGUACAAAGAACUGUUUGAUUAAACACAUGAAAUCAGUACACAAUGCUAUCGACGUUUUACCGAUAUUUUGUGACAUAUGCUUCAUGAGUUUUGAGAGGCAGGAUAAUCUUAAGAGACAUAAGGAAACAGUCCAUGCACAAAGCAUACAAUCGUUAAAAUGUGACAAGUGUGAUCGCAUCUUCAAUAAAAAACGUUCCCUAGAAAGUCACUACAGAAGAAAGCAUCCAAACGCGGACACGUUGAUGAAAUGUCUUGCAUGCGGCAGAAGUUUCAAAUACAAGGUUUCCUUCGAGAAACACAUAAGUUUGAAUAAUUGCCUGCAAUGCCAAACUUGCGACCAGAAGUUUGACGUGUUAGAAAAAUUUAUUCGUCACUAUAAAAUGUGUACUAAAACUGAGUAUACCUGUCGCGAGUGUUCUUACAAGACAGAUACAAAGAACUGUUUGAUUAAACAUAUGAAAUCAGUACACAAUGCUAUCGACGUUUUACCGAUAUCUUGUGACAUAUGCUUCAAGAAUUUUUCGAGGCGGUAUCAUCUGAAGAGACAUAAGGAAACAGUUCAUGUGGAUAACAUACAACCGGUAAAAUGUGACAUACGUGGUAACACCUUGAAGAACAAACGAACCCUAGAGAAUCACUUAAAAAGCACACGCCAGAGGUGGACACGUUGAUGAAAUGUCCUACAUGCGGCAGAAGUUUCAAAUACAAAGUUUCCUUCGAGAAACACAUAAGUUUGAAUAAUUGCCAGCAAUGCAAAAUUUGCGAACAGAAGUUUGACGUGUUAGAAGAAUUUAAUCGUCACGGUUUGACGUAUCGUAGACGUCUGACGUGCCGCAAGUGUUCCUUCAAGGCAAGUACAUUGAAAGAUAUGAGUGAACACGUGAAAUCGGUACACAAUUUGCCACCAGAAGUUUGACUUGCUAGAAGAAAUAUAUCGUCACGACAAGGCGUGUCGUAUACCAGAGUAUAUCUACCAUGAGUGUUCCUAAAAGAUAACUACAGAGGAUUGUUUGAUUGAACACAUAACAUGGAAACACAAGACUACCGCCCCUAUGUUUCAUGAUAUUAAAAUCGCAGAGCAUUCUUAAGAAACAUAAGGAAACCGUUCACGCUAACACACAGUCAGUAAGAAGCGAUAAGUGCGAUAGUGUCUUCAAGCACAAAUAUAACUGAAACAAACAUUAGCGCAAAGUAUACUCACAGGAAAAUUUUUUUCUGCAGAAGUUGUAAUAAGAUCUUCUAAACGCACGAUGAACUGGGCCGACGUAUCAGAGUUGAACUUGUCCGUAUUGCAAGAAGAUAUUACAAUUCACUAGUAAAGAGUCACACUUGCGGCUUGAUACACGAAUGAGAGACCUUUUUUCUGCGACGUUUACGACAACACGUGUAUUUCUAAGGAUAAUUUGUACAACCAUAUAAUGAACCAUCAUUCUGUUUCCUGAAUGGUUGGCUAUAUUCAAGGAAAGUAUCGUUUCCGUGAGUCAAAAGAAAGCAAUUAUUUAGAUCACUCAAAAGAAUGGGCAGUAGGAGAAAAAUAAUAUGUUUGCAGCUCUCUUUACGUUGCAUUUUCGUGACGAAGUAUCUUUCUACGAAUGUUACUAUUGAAUUUUGUAUUAAUUUUAAUUACUUACACUGUUUUUAUAGAUUUUUAAUAGAUUAAGUGACACUCUACACGCAAAAUAAUAAGCGCGGUACUUAAGAAAGAAAUAGAGUAUGACUUUACGACGAAUUAUAUAUUAUGUAUUACGUAAUUAUAUAUUAAUUAUAUAUAAAUAUAUAUAAUUAUAUAUAUAUAUAUAUAUAUUUAUAUAAUAAUGUAUAU